AUGGUAUCAAUUGAGAUUGUUCCUCGUUCGAAAGGCUUGAAGUCAUUGAGUACUGAUGAAUUGGAAGUGGAUUCUACAGUUGAGCAAUUGCUCAUCUUGAUUAGCAAGACUCAAAACAUCUCUAAGGAUAGAAUCAGACUUACAAUGAAGGAUGCAGCUGGAAAACAGGUUCCUUUAGAUGCAAACAAGACAUUUGGUGGUAACGGUAUUAGCAAAUCAACUAACUCACUCACGUUAUACACCAAGGACUUGGGUCCACAAAUUGCCUGGAGAACCGUUUUUAUCAUCGAAUACUUUGGUCCGCUUUUGGUUCAUCCGCUCUUCUAUUUGUUCAGCUCGAUAUAUGGCCAAGGCUCUUUUACUCACACCCACACUCAGUUUGUGGCAUAUGUGUUAGUGUUGUUGCAUUUCUUAAAGAGAGAAUAUGAGACUGUGUUUGUUCAUAAGUUCUCGAACGCUACCAUGCCAGUGUUCAACAUUCUCAAGAACUCAUCACAUUAUUGGAUCUUGUCAGGAUUCAAUUUGUCCUUCUUCAUUUAUGGACCACCAACUGAUGGCUCUUCCUCGUUACGUAAAUUUUUAUUCCAUGUCAACGAUUUUCCUGCCUACGUUAAUUACAUGUUAGCAGGCUUAUGGUUGUUUGCUGAAUUAUCAAACUUUGCUACCCACUUGAACUUGGCUAGCUUAAGGUCUUCGUCUAAUACCAGAAAUUAUGUUAUCCCGUAUGGCUAUGGAUUUGACUGGGUCUCGUGUCCAAAUUACUUCUUUGAAUCCUUAAGUUGGUUGUUCUAUGCGUUAUUGGUUGGUAACUGGUCAUCCUGGGUCUUUUUAGCUGUUGCCACUGGUCAAAUGUGGCUCUGGGCUGUCAAGAAGCACAAGAGAUACUUGAAGACUUUUGGUGAUGACUACAAAAAGUUAAAGAGAAACGUCUACGUACCAUUCUUAGCUUAA